AAGUGCGCAACACACGCCCGCAAAGCUCGCUCCCUAGUUCUCUCGCCGUCGCCCGAGGCGGCCGCCGGGCGAGGCGAUCAGACGAGGCGGCGGCGGCGGCGGCGGCGGCGGUUCGCAGCGCCACAGCGAGAAUGGGUACUGGACGGAAGGCAGAGACCUACAAUGCCCCAGCACCAAAACAAGAUCGAAGCAAUACUCGGUGGUAUGGUGACCAAUCUUUUCCUGCACGUAAUCUUGGGGAAGAUGCGCUAGCAGGAGUUAUUUUCGGCUGCACCAACAAAACAAUGAAUGAAUGCCUCUCUAAACAGCUAUUUGGUUUGCCUGCAUGCCAUUUCUCCUAUGUGAAGAAUAUUAAACCUGGACUGCCUCUGUUUCUGUUCAGUUAUAGUGACAGAAAACUGCAUGGCAUUUUCGAAGCUGCCACUCCUGGCCAGCUUACCAUUGACCAAUUUGCUUGGAGUCAUGAUGGUAGAACAAAGACACAGUAUCCCGCACAGGUUCGGGUCUCUAUCAAAACUCAGUGCCUACCACUUCCAGAGAACAUAUACAAAGGCGUGAUUAGUGGCAAUUAUCACAAGUUUCGCCACUUCCACUUUGAGCUAGACCAUGCACAAACAAGAGACUUAGUUUCUUUGUUUGUACCUGCUCCUGUUGGUGCUGUUCCAAACGAGCGGAAUUUUUCGGUACCUCGUGCUCCUGUUGACGCUGCUCCAAACAGAUGCAGUCUUUCUGGACCUCUGCCAUCUCCAAUAGGAGCACAGCUUGUUCGUGGCGUAGUGUCGACUGAGUCUGGUUCAACGGAUGGUGAACAGUUUGCCGGUUCAGCAUAUUCAGUUGAUAGAAAUGCUGACCAUGCCAGUGCAAGUAGAACAUCAAAGAGCAACUUUGAUGAAGAGCCUUCUGAGUGGGAUGAUUUGGAUGAUGGUGUGACUGAGAAAGGAACAAAGUCUGUGAAUGAUGGCCAUCCACAUAUCAAUCCAUUGAAUGGUCAACAGCAUGACCCAAUGGAUGUUUUGCAGAAGUUGCAAGAACUGUCUCUUUUACGGCAGGAGAAGGCCCAACCCUCGGAGGUUGCUGUUGAUUAUACUUCAGGUAGAAGCAGACUUCAAGAAUCACCACUGGGUGCUGCUUUUGGCAAAGAUCCAUCAAACGCCACCUUGGGCGGUGAUGCACCUGUGAAAGACAGCACAUCCUUUGAGCAACUUUGUGGAAAUGAUGAGCUGCUUCAGAUCAUCAAUGAAUUAUCCAAGAAGACCGAAGCAAUUGGGAAAAAGCAGACCGAGUCAGAUGAAGAAAUACUUGUAUUGAGGGCAACUGUAAAGGACAUGGAAAGAAAAAUUCAGGAACUGCAGUACCAAUAUGGGAAAUUACAGUUGGAGUAUUCAGCAGCACUUCUUGGUGAACCACGCAAUAUUCUGGAAGGGCCAUCAAUUUUCCUAAUAGGUGGCCAUAAUGGCAUCACCUGGUUGCCAUCCCUCGAUUCCUUUUACCCUACAGCAGAUAGACUAGUGCCGCUGAGGCCAAUGAGCUCAGCCCGUUCAUAUGCUGCUGUUGCUGCAUUGAAUGAUCAUCUCUUUGUUAUUGGUGGCGGCGAUGGCGAUUCAUGGUAUACCACAGUGGAAUGCUACAACAGGGUGAGCAAUGAGUGGAUGGCAUGCCCAUGCUUGAAACAGAAGAAAGGAAGUCUUGCUGGAGCUACAUUGAAUGGUAAAAUAUUUGCUAUUGGUGGGGGCGAUGAGUCGAGAUCUUUUUCAGAAGUUGAGAUGUUUGAUCCAGUACUUGGGAGUUGGAUAUACAGCCCGUCUAUGCAACAAUGUCGAUUUGCUCCUGCUGCAGCCGAAUUAAAUGGCAUCCUCUAUGUUGUUGGUGGUUAUGAUUUCAGUGACGACUCAUACUUACAAUCAGCAGAAAGGUAUGAUCCAAGGGAAGGUUUCUGGACCCAGCUUGCAAGCAUGAAGACAAAAAGAGGAUCCCACUCUGUUACUGUCCUGGGGGAGGCACGAUAUGCUCUGGGAGGGUACGAUGGAGACCAAAUGCUUUCCACUGUGGAGAUCUUUGACCCUCGUGCCAAUUCGUGGAGGAUAGGCAGCCCGUUCAGCGUCCCAAGAGGAUAUGGGUGUGCAGUCACAGCGGACGACAAUGUGUACCUCAUUGGCGGGUCCGAAUCCAAUGGAGAAACUAUUGAAACUGUGGAAGUUUACAAUGAGAGGCAAGGCUGGUCUAUCCCUGGCUACAAGGCGAUAGGGAAGAGGGCCUUCGCCUCUGCCAUCGUCGUUUGACAGGGCUGCAGAUCUCAUAUCCUGCCCACAUUUUGCUUUUUGCCAGAGCCCAUGGGUUCUGUACAGUAUGAGAUGCCGAUCACAGUAUACCCUCUUCUCGAAACAGCCGCUGGGGGUUUGAGAAAUUUUUCGCGCCCGCGCCCCCCUUUGCCGAUGUACAGAUGUAACCCAUCAGUUUGGUGCUUGUCUCAGACACCAUGGGAUAGAUCUCACAGCAACACAAGGUCUUAACGCUAACAGAGCACCUGCAGCAUAUCCUCCUGCUGCGUUAUUGAGUGGGCGCAGACAAGCGGUUCCUUGUUUCUGUUUGUUUUUGAGGCGAUACUUGAGGGCGCCUGAACAAAUUAAACUGCUCGCGGUUCAUUAGUGGCUACUCCGAAAGUUGGAAUGAAAAAAAAAAACUGUUUUUGCAAUGUGCGGCCUGGGGAUUCUUGGUGCUGAAGCACCAUGUGUUUA